CAAGUUUCCAACGCGCCUGAAGCCCUCGCUGUCCAGGGAGAGAUGGCCGAGUAGCGCUGUCUGUGGACAUCACUUUUGCUUGUGUUGCUCGAUCCGUAUCGUGGCUUGUAGCUCAGUCUAUCGCAGUUUUACCUCCACCGUGGAAAGAGGGCAAUUAAAUAUUCCUCUUCCACGAUGGCAGAACAAAACAGCCAUGUGCGUUAUCACGAGCUGGUAAAUGAAGAGGAGCUGUCCCAGCCUUCCCAGCAGGUUUCCACUCAGGACUCACCCCCACCCUACAGUAGUGUGACUGCAGCUAAUGCAGCUUUUUUUGAGUACAAGGAAGAUGUUGGAAGUUUUCCUAAGCCUCCUUCCUACAGUGUUGCCACUUCUUUGCCCUCCUAUGAUGAAGCUGAGAGAAGCAAAACUGAAGCUACUGUCCCUCUGGUCACAGGAAGAGUCACAGAAGAAGACUUGGUUGCCCGAGAUGACUUUGAAGAUGCGGAUCAACUUCGAAUAGGAAAUGACGGAAUAUUUAUGCUCACUUUCUUCAUGGCAUUCCUCUUCAAUUGGAUUGGUUUCUUCUUGUCUUUCUGUUUGACCACAUCAGCUGCUGGCCGAUAUGGAGCCAUCUCGGGCUUUGGUUUGUCUCUCAUCAAAUGGGUUCUUAUUGUUAGGUUUUCCACCUACUUCCCUGGUUACUUUGAUGGACAGUACUGGUUGUGGUGGGUCUUUCUGGCCCUGGGCUUCAUGCUGUUCAUCAGGGGUUUUAUCAACUACUCAAGAGUGCGUAAACUGGCUGAUCCCACAUAUGCCUCUCUUCCCCGAACAAGAGUCCUCUUCAUUUAUUAGAGCUUUGAAGGGUGGAUGGACUGAAUAUGACCAAGAAGAGCAACAAAGUAAAAUGAAGACAGGCAAGUUGUAGGUGAAUAUAUCUCAACACAAUAUUCAGGAAUUAAAUGUAUUUUAUUUGUUUACUUUAUUAAUGGAAAGUAGUGAUUUGUAAUAGUUUGUAUGUGUAAUCAUUAGUGGCGAAUGUUAAGUGCUAAUUACGUCUUUGUAAUGUCAAAGUAAUGCCUUAAAUCAUUUGAUGGUAGCACACAAGCAUGCAUCUGUCCUUAAGAACUAUUUUGGCAACUUUUGCCUGAAAGCCAACAGGUUUAUGCAUGGAGAAUACUCUGAUGUCGACCAAUUUUGCUACCAUACGGUUUAUUGUAAAAUAAACGCCAUAUCCUCUGCAGCUACAAACUCUGUAAAUGAAAACUCACCUGUUGGCUUUAGUAGUGUUGUCCGUUUUGCAGCCAGUAGAGGGCAGUGUUGUCUGCUGCAUUUAGUCAUAAAAAGGACGUUCAGAAGCCCCAUAAGGAAACAUACAUGCUUGCAAUUAAACCUUUUAUCAAAUGCAGUGCAUCAGGGAAUUUGUAUUAGAUGUUUGGGUAAAACUAUCCAAUCAGAAAUAAUUUGACAGAAAGGUCAUAAAGAGUUUUUAAAUGUUCAAGAACAAGCAAGAAAAAACAGAUGUGAAUAAAAUCCCCAAAAGCCCUGAGCGUUUUGGUUGACCAAAUUUUUUUUAAUAGUAAUUUAUCAUGGCCCAGCCCAGUUCUCUAGUUCCCAUUAAUACAGAAAUAAGACCCUGAUCAAGUUUGUUGUAGUGGAAAAGCAUAUUAAAUUGAGCACAAAGCAUGCUUCAGGUGUAUAUUUUUACAGAAUUUUUAAAAGCAAAGGACAUUUGUUUUAAGGCUACAGUGUAAGAUUAUGAUAUAUAGAGAGUAUAUUAAAGAAUGUUAAUGCAAAUGCACUUUUAGAAACAAACUUUUGAAAAAGAGGGUUUAGUAGUAGUCAUGAGGUUCAUAACAGGCAUGUCAAAUUGUAGUAAUCAUAUAUGUGAAAAUGUGGAUUUGGAUAUGUAUGCUUUAAUCUUACUGCAUUUUCAUGGUAAACCAAUUACUUUGAAAAAAAAUCUUAUUUCUAUGAUGAUGAGCUGCAUCCAUAGGGUUUUGCUGUUAUGAAACUGUACAGAAACAAGUGUUAAAAAAUAAAUGUCACAUUUCAACUA